UCCAGACCUCAAACACAAAAAGACUGAGGAGGAUGGCGGACAAACAGAGCCACAAUACGACUCAGAGUGGUCCUAACUAUGGAGCGACUGCACCACUGAAUUCUCCUCCGUCUUAUAUGCCCCCUCCGUGCCCCUCAUCCAUGCCUGCACAAAGCGGCUAUGUUGCACCCAAGAUACCACCAGAAGAGGCUGGCUUGAGCAAAGCAGAAGAACCAACAGGUGACGGUUAUCUAACUGAGACCACUCAAUUAAUCACACCAUCAUUUGAGGACAAAACUAUUCGGCGAGCAUUUAUCAGGAAGGUGUUCAGUGUGGUAACACUGCAGUUGCUAGUCACCUUCAGUAUAGUGUGUGUGUUCACCUUCUCAAACACCGUCAAGGCAGCGGUACAGAGUAACAUUUGGGUGUACCUCAGCUCAUACAUUGUCUUUCUAGUGGUGGCCAUGUGUCUCAGCUGUUGUUCAUCAUUCAGUCGAGCUCAUCCCUGGAACCUAGUAGGACUGUCAUUGGUCACUCUGAGUCUGUCCUACAUGGUGGGAACUGUAGCCUCAUAUCACAACACAACUUCUGUGAUCAUUGCUUUAGGAUCAACUCUGGUCAUCUCAUUUACCAUCAUCAUUUUCUCAGCCCAGACUCGUGUGGACUUUACUAUUUGUAAUGGCAUUCUGCUCACACUAUCAGUCGAUUUACUCAUGUUUGGAUUCUUCUGCAUUUUCUUCUACUCCACUAUUUUGCAAGUAGUCUAUGGAUGUCUGGGAGCCCUUUUUUACGCACUGUUCCUGGCAGUGGACUGUCAGUUGGUGAUGGGCAGACAGAAAUACCGCCUUAGUGCUGAGGAGUACGUCUUCGCUGCCUUAAUUCUCUACCUGGAUAUCAUUAUGAUAUUCCUCUACAUACUUAUGAUUUUGGGUGGAGGCUCCAGAAACUAAACUCAUACAUAUCAUGGUACUUCAAAUAUGCACACAUGCAUGGCAAAAGGGCAUGUCUAUAGUGAUAAACGCACUGUCUAUCUUGUUGAUAUUGAUUGAAUAAUUAAUUCAUGAUUAUCUUUCUCCUCCACACCUGUCUUCUCAUCUGUUAUAAUGUGACUCCAUUGUUACUCAGUUAUGCUUAAAUGAAAUAUUAAUA